UUUGAAAAGGGGGGUCGUUGCUUUCCUCUCGGCUUCGGGAUCGGCGUGCAAUGCCGACUGCCUGCCCCACACACAGCCUUUGUUUGCUCCCAGGACAGAGCCUGUGGACUAGAGAGUUUCUCUGUCCACCUCUGAAAGAAACUCGGAUCCUCCUCCAGGCUGCAGUGCACUAUGAAGGGCACAAGAAGAUCUGGAGAUGUCAGGAGACUCCUUCGGAGCAGCUGGAACAGAUGCCCAGCAGAACCUGCAGUCCUUCUGGCCCAGGGUCAUGGAGGAGAUCAGGAACCUCACUGUGAAGGAUUUUCGCGUGCAGGAGCUUCCACUUGCUCGCAUCAAGAAAAUCAUGAAGUUGGACGAGGACGUGAAGAUGAUCAGUGCUGAGGCUCCAGUGCUUUUUGCUAAAGCAGCUCAGAUCUUCAUCACAGAGCUCACUCUGAGAGCCUGGAUUCACACCGAGGACAACAAACGGCGCACACUACAGAGGAAUGACAUAGCCAUGGCGAUCACCAAGUUUGACCAGUUUGACUUCCUCAUUGACAUUGUCCCAAGAGACGACCUUAAGCCACCCAAACGACAGGAGGAGGUGCGUCAGUCGGUCGCCUCGACAGAGCCGGUGCAGUACUACUUCACGCUGGCGCAGCAACCCGGCGCUGUACAGGUGCAGGGGCAACAGCAAGGCCAGCAGGUGGCUGCACCCGCCACCGCCGCCACCACUCUCCAACCAGGCCAAAUCAUCAUCGCCCAACCUCAGCAGGGCCAGGUGUUGCAGGGGACCACCAUGCAGCAGCUACAGCAGGUGCAGGUAGCUCAGUCACAGGCUACCCCAAUCACGAGCGCUCCAGUGACCAUGCAGGUGGGUGAGGGCCAGCAGGUGCAGAUAGUGCAGGCGGCUGCACAGGGUCAGGCUCAAGCGCAGGCAGCACAACCAGCCGGCCAGACCAUGCAGGUCAUGCAGCAGAUCAUCACCAACACAGGGGAGAUUCAGCAGAUCCCUGUGCAGCUGAAUGCUGGAGGACUGCAGUAUAUCCGUCUUGCUCAGCCAGUUUCAGGAGCACAAGUCGUUCAAGGACAAAUACAGACCCUCGCAACCAACACCCAGCAGGUAUCGCAGACAGAAGUGCAGCAAGGACAACAGCAGUUCAACCAGUUCACUGAUGGUCAGCAGUUGUAUCAGAUCCAGCAGGUGACGAUGCCUGCGGGUCAGGAGCUCACUCAGCCUAUGUUCAUCCAAUCAACCAGCCAGACAGCUGAUGGCCAGGUCAGCACGCAGGUCAGCGCCGACUGAUGUGCCUCACUUCCUCUCUGACACCCAGGCACUGACUGCGCCGUAACCACACUGUUCCAGACCAGCUCAAUCAGAGGGAUCCCUACCACACCACUCUCAAUACCCACACACGGCACCAUUUCUAUUAUCAUGCAUAGACAUAUGCAACGCCAACAAGGCCAACUGCUCUAACUGCAGUUGAUGCAACUUUUGUUUCUUCCUGACUGCAGUUGUUUAAAAUUGAUCACACUGUGGCAGAAAUAUAAUUAGCUUUUGCCACAGCUGGGGCUAUCCUGGUAAGUUUAGUUCACACUGCUCCCACCACAAUGUCUGGCAACACACAUCCUGACCCUGAACAUUUUCCUGUCUUCAGCCAAACAACAUAUUACUCUAAAUGCAUUUUCCUUAAAAUUACAAAACCACGCUUUAGUGUUUUUCCAGACUGGUAGGUGGGAACAUUGUGUUCGAAGUGGAGUUGUUGUGGUUAAUCACAUAACUUUCUAAUCCAAAUGUUAUGGAGCUCUUUGGAUGUUUGGCCCCAGAUGAUCUCUGUCGAUCAGAUCUCAGUACAAAGACUCCAGUCUUCCCUGCAGUGUAUCGGUGAUGGUGGUCUGAUCGAUGUGUGAAGACUCCUGCCUUGUGAAAGGUCUUGGGGAAUCCUGCCUCUGAGCUCUGUGUGGUUUCUGAAUAAAAUCUUCUGUCCUGGCUCGAGUUUCUGUUAAGCCCUGAUUUGUCGAUCAUGUCGUCUUGUGUACAAUUCAAAACUUAAUGCUAAAGCCAUAAUCUACACAUCCUGUACAUGUCGAUCUCUGUAGUUUGUAUGAUAACUCUGAAAUUCAUUUUUAAUCGUAUUUACUUCAAUUUUAUUAGUUACUUGUAUAGUUCUGCAAUUUGAACAUGUGAUAUUGUUGAAAGGGCUUCUUACUGUUGGAUUUUCUACAUGCAAAACAGUGUGUGUGUGUGUGUGUGUUUGGGUGGGUGGGUUGAUAAAGGGUGUAUGAGUGUAAUGGUUUGUGUAUUCCUUGUGUUUGAUAUUGUGCAUUAAAAUCCCUCUUUGGACCAGAUAUGAAA